CCGGAACCGCUUCACGGCGCGGCGCCUUUCCGUUCCCUUCAGCGCCGGCACGCAGCGGGCCCCGCGCUGCAGCACGGGCCGCUCAGGCUGCCGGGCUGCCUGGAGCUCGAGGCGUGAUGGCGGCGCCGGCGACCUCCGCGACGCCGCCGAAGAAGAUCGUGGCACCCACCGUGUCGCAGAUUAACGCGGAGUUCGUCACCCAGUUAGCAAAUAAAUAUUGGGCUCCCCAUGCGAAGAAAAAAUUGCCUUUUGAUUCAAAGGUUAUUGAAGAUGUAUAUGCAAAAGAAAUUGUCAAAUCAAAGUUUGCAAUUAGAAAGAUAAUGCUUCUUGAAUUCAGCCAGUACCUUGAAAAUUACCUAUGGAUGAAUUAUUCUCCAGAGGUGUCCAGUAAGGCAUACUUAAUGUCAAUCUGCUGUAUGGUGAACGAGAAGUUCAGAGAGAAUGUCCCUGCGUGGGAGACAUUCAAAAAGAAGUCAGAGCACUUUCCCUUCUUUUUCAAAUGCAUUCUGGAAGCAUCACUGGUUGAGGAUGAUGAUGAAUUCUCUCUACAUGAACAGACAGUUCUCCUACUUUUCCUUGAUCAUUGCUUCAAUAGUUUGGAAGUGGAUUUGAUAAGAGGUCAGGUGCAGCAGCUCAUUUCCUUACCGAUGUGGAUGGCUCUACAACCUAAACGACUGGAGCAAGAGCUGAAAAAGACACCAAAGCUAAGAAAAUUCUGGAAUCUAAUUAAGAAAAAUGAUGAGAAAAUGCAUGAGGAGGCAAGAGUGCAAGCAUAUCGAGAGAGAAGAUUUCUUUCACAGCUCAUUCAGAAAUUCAUUUCUGUGCUAAAAUCAAUACCUGUCUCAGGUCCUGUUUCUAUGGACAAAGUUCAUUAUUGUGAGAGAUUCAUUGAACUCAUGAUCGAUCUUGAGGCUUUGCUUCCCACACGACGCUGGUUUAAUACAGUGUUGGAUGACUCCCAUCUUGUUGUUCACUGUUACUUGUCAAGUCUUGCCAAAAGAGAGAAGGAGGGUCAUCUCUUUUGCCAGCUUUUAGAUAUGCUUAAAUUCUACACUGGCUUUGAAAUCAAUGAUCAAACUGGAAAUGCUUUGACAGAGAAUGAGAUGACAACAAUUCACUAUGACAGAAUUACUUCUUUACAGAGAGCAGCAUUUGCACACUUCCCAGAGUUAUAUGACUUUGCACUCUCAAAUGUAGCUGCAGUAGAUACUCGUGAUGCACUGGUGAAGUUAUUUGGACCACUCAGCUCAAAUGUACUCCACCAGGUGGCAUCAUACCUCUGCUUGCUGCCUUCCCUUCCAGAAGGAAGCGAUACCAGCUAUGAGAAGGAGUUUCUGCUAGAGCUGCUGGUUUCCCGUCAUGAGAGACGAAUAUCUCAAAUUCAGCAGCUCAAUCAGAUGCCUCUUUAUCCCACAGAGAAGAUUAUUUGGGAUGAAAACAUUGUCCCAACUGAAUAUUAUUCUGGAGAAGGCUGUCUUGCACUUCCCAAACUGAAUCUACAGUUUCUGACUCUUCACGAUUACUUGCUAAGGAACUUCAAUCUCUUUCGCUUGGAGUCGACUUAUGAGAUCAGACAGGAUAUUGAAGAUAGCGUCAGUAGGAUGAAACCAUGGCUGUCAGAAUAUGGAGGUGUGGUCUUUGGUGGAUGGGCCAGAAUGGCACAGCCCAUUGUGUCUUUCACAGUGGUGGAGGUUGCAAAGCCCAAUAUUGGUGAAAACUGGCCCAUGCGAGUACGAGCAGAUGUCACAAUUAAUUUGAAUGUUAGAGAUAGCAUCAAAGAUGAAUGGGAAGGUCUACGGAAACACGAUGUCUGCUUUUUGGUGACGGUGCGUCCCACACAACCUUAUGGCACUAAGUUUGACCGAAGACGACCUUUUGUUGAGCAAACUGGCCUGGUAUAUGUUAGAGGCUGUGAAAUCCAGGGCAUGUUGGAUGAGAAGGGACGUGUUAUUGAAGAGGGACCUGAACCCAAACCAAGACUUAAAGGCGACUGUAGAACAUACAGAGUAUUUCUGGACCCAAACCAGUAUCAACAAGACAUGACCAAUACGAUCCAAAAUGGAGCAGAAGAUGUAUACGAGACUUUUAAUAUAAUAAUGAGAAGAAAACCAAAAGAAAACAAUUUCAAGGCUGUUCUGGAAACUAUUAGAAAUCUAAUGAACACAGAUUGUGUGGUUCCUGACUGGCUACAUGACAUCAUUCUUGGAUAUGGAGACCCAAGUAGUGCACACUAUUCAAAAAUGCCAAAUCAGAUUGCAUCUCUAGAUUUUAAUGACACCUUCCUGUCUAUUGAUCACUUAAAAGCUAGCUUUCCUGGGUACAAUAUUAAAGUGACUGUUGACAAUCCGGAACUACAAGUACCUCCCUUCAGGAUAACUUUCCCAAUAACAGGAGGUAAAGGAAAGAAAAGAAAAGAGGAUGGGAAUGAAGAAAAAUCUGAAGAAGUGAAAACAUUGAUUGUAGAGCCUCACAUCAUUCCAAACAGGGGACCAUAUCCAUAUAAUCAACCAAAACGCAAUACUAUUCAAUUUACCCAUACUCAGAUUGAAGCUAUACGUGCAGGAAUGCAACCUGGACUAACUAUGGUAGUAGGUCCACCUGGUACAGGGAAAACUGACGUUGCAGUCCAGAUAAUAUCCAAUCUCUAUCAUAAUUUCCCAGAACAACGAACUCUUAUAGUUACCCACUCUAAUCAGGCCUUGAACCAGCUGUUUGAAAAAAUCAUGGCUCUAGACAUUGAUGAGCGCCACCUCCUGCGCCUGGGUCAUGGAGAAGAGGAAUUGGAGACAGAGAAAGACUUCAGCAGGUAUGGAAGAGUGAAUUAUGUUCUGGCUCGAAGACUUGAACUCCUGCGAGAAGUUGGGCGAUUGCAAGAGAGUCUUGGUGUUCCAGGAGAUGUUUCUUACACUUGUGAAACAGCUGGCCACUUUUUCUUAUACCAAGUAAUGUCUCGUUGGGAAGAAUAUAUCAGCAAAGUGAAAGUUAAAGGUGGAAAAUUACCAGAUGUUACAGAUGUGUCCAGUUUCUUUCCCUUUCAUAAGUAUUUUGCAAAUGCUCCUCAACCAAUUUUCAGAGGCAGAUCCUAUGAAGAAGAUAUGGAGAUUGCUGAAGGGUGUUUUAGACAUCUAAAGAAAAUCUUCACUCAGCUUGAGGAAUUCAGAGCAUUUGAACUUCUCCGCAGUGGCCUGGAUAGAUCCAAAUACCUGUUGGUGAAAGAGGCAAAAAUCAUUGCUAUGACUUGUACCCAUGCCGCUCUGAAACGACACGACCUGGUUGAAUUAGGCUUCAAAUAUGACAACAUCUUAAUGGAAGAGUCUGCACAGAUUCUGGAAAUAGAAACCUUUAUACCUCUCCUGUUACAGAACCCUCAGGAUGGAUUCAGUCGUUUGAAGCGGUGGAUUAUGAUUGGUGACCAUCACCAGUUGCCACCAGUCAUUAAGAACAUGGCUUUUCAAAAAUACUCCAACAUGGAGCAGUCCCUCUUCACACGGUUUGUUCGUGUCGGAGUUCCAACUGUUGAUUUGGAUGCACAAGGAAGAGCAAGAGCAAGUUUAUGUAACCUCUACAACUGGCGUUAUAAAAAUCUGGGUAAUCUACCUCAUGUGCAGCUUAUGCCAGAGUUCAGAACAGCCAACGCUGGGUUUUUAUACGACUUCCAACUUAUAAAUGUAGAAGACUUCAAUGGUGUGGGAGAGUCUGAACCCAAUCCUUAUUUCUAUCAGAAUCUUGGUGAAGCAGAAUAUGUUGUGGCACUUUUCAUGUAUAUGUGCCUGCUUGGUUAUCCUGCAGACAGGAUAAGUAUCCUGACAACGUACAACGGGCAGAAACAUCUGAUCCGAGAUGUCAUUAACCAGCGUUGUGGAAAUAAUCCAUUGAUUGGACGGCCAAACAAGGUAACAACUGUGGACAGAUUUCAAGGUCAACAAAAUGAUUAUAUUCUCCUUUCAUUAGUGCGUACCAAAGCUGUAGGCCACCUUAGAGAUGUCCGACGAUUAGUUGUUGCCAUGUCAAGAGCCAGGCUUGGGCUUUAUAUCUUUGCUAGAGUAUCACUCUUUCAGAACUGUUUUGAGCUAACUCCAGCUUUCAGCCAACUCACAGCUAGACCACUUCACCUCCAUAUAAUUCCCACAGAAUGUUUUCCAGCAGCAAGACAGAAUGGGGAACCACCGACUCACCAAAUACAUGUUAUCAAGAAUAUGCCUCAAAUGGCUAACUUUGUUUACAACAUGUAUAUGCACAUGAUACAGAGUACACGCCACUACCAACAGCGUUUAUUACCCCCACCUGCCAUGAUUGAAGAGCCUGAAACUACUCAAACUCAAGAGUCUGAAGCAGAAGUUGAAGUGCAGGGUAUUCAGGAAGAUGCAGAAGAAAAUAAGGUAGAAGAAGAAAUGGUAAAGGAAGAAUUGAAGGUGUCAGAAGUGGAUGAACAUCGAACAAUGCCAGAACACCCUGGAAGAGACAGUGAUAGUGAAGACAGUGAACCUGAGGAUGAGAAUGAAAAGUGAUCCAAGUGAUGUUUGUACUCUUACUUAUUCUGGAAAACAAAUGGGGAAAAUGCAGUUAGAAAUAUGAUUGCUAUUUUUACAUUGACUUUUCUUAAAUGAUUCCACAUGUGAUGUAAUCUUGUUUCCUUGUUAUCACUGAAUGCUUUCUGGGCAAAAAAGAUAAUUGGCAGUCAUUUCACUGAGUUCUUGUCAGUAUCAGUAAUGUAAUUUGCUUAUUCAACUCAAAUGAUAUACGUAAGUUUUUUAGUAAAGAUACUUUUACACAAAUUUGGAAUUUUUUUCUUAUGCCUUUAAUUCAGUUAAUGAGUUAGCUUUUAAGCUUCACUGGUUACCUAUAUUAUAAGGUAUAAGGUAUACCUUAGGUAUUUACCUAUUACCUUCACUGAGUACCUAUAUUUAGUAUUGAUCAGACACUGUAGUUUCUUUAAUAUUUUGCAGUGGAGAAUUUUUUACAUGGAACAGUGUUUAUAUACACUGAGAUGAUAUUGUGGGUUUUGGCUCGAGUUUAGUAAGCUACUUAAUUGCAAGUUUGAGAAAUGGGAAUUACCAUGGCACUUUGAAAUUUUGAAAGAGUUUUAUUGAACUGGGAGUUUAACAAGCUCUCAGAAUAAGGUGCAGGUACUUGUAGCAACUGUUCCAUUGUUGACUGCCACUGCUGUUGCUACUUGAUUGUCCCUUACACAAGAAGUAAGGAUGCAACUUCUAAACAGCAUUAUUUUUUUAAAUUAGAAUCUUGAAAUAAGAUCUAUUUCAUUUUUAAGAGAACAACAGGAUAAAGCCCCAUCAGGAAAGCAAAUGAAAGGAAUUUGGUGAAGGCAGGAUUCACAAAAUAUGUAAUAUCAAUAUUAGAGAUGUAAUGGGUGAGUAUGUUUUCUGGAGUGAUUUCUAAACAUACAUCUUUCACAAACUGAUUAGUGAAAGCUUUUUCCCUAGCUUAUUAAGAAUAUCUGUCAACUGCAAAUUAUCCAGUGGUUCAGGAAGGUUUAUGAAUUCCCAAAUUUAAUUUUCAAACAAAACAGGAACAUCUUUCCUGACAAAGGGAAAAUACUUAGUUUUCAAAUGUUGCAGUUUUGUAGAUUCCAGAAGAAUUUCUUCACUAAAUUGAUCAGAAAUGCAUUAGCUUACAAGCUUUUAUUACCAUGUUUGACGAUCUUUAUCACAGAAUUGCAGGGUUUGAAAGGGAUCUCAAGAUUGAGUCCAACUCCCCUGCUAAAGCAGAUACCCUACAAUAGGUUGUAGAGACCUAGAGGGAUCUUGAAUAUUUUUUUUUUUUAACUUCUUAUUCACACAAAAAAGAAAAACUACUCUUUUGACUGAAACUGUGUUAUUUCAUUACUUGUUCUGAGUGGAAGAUGAUGUAAAUUCUUUGCCAUUGGAGAACAAACAGCAAUGUGUUUAAUAUUAGGAUGGUAAGUUUAUGUGGUAACAUUCAUGUGUUCAAACAGGGCAGAAUAAUACUGGGCCUUCAAGCAACAUGCAACAAGCUCAGCUGAUGUCUGUCAUCUCUGUUUUCCAAACCAUUUUUACAGAUAUUUGAGCCAGGCAAUCAUUUAUUAUACUUCAGAAUUCUGGGGAAAAAAAUUAGAAAAGGAUUCUGGAGGGUUUUUUUUUUUUUUUUUAAAUCUAAAAUGGAUGGUUUAAUUGACAAGGAUUCCAUCAAUACUACAGGGAAAAAGCAACCAAAUCUAGAAGAGACUGUAAAGAUGUAGAUUUGUGUAUGGCUUGCAGUGUAAUCUUUCUGCUGGUGUAUGAGCACACCUAGCCUGUUUAAUACUGUGUUCCAUGUGCAAGCCUAUGUCCCUUCUGACUCAUGGGAUCCUCUUAGAACAGCCAAGUUAGAGUCAUCAAAUGUGUUGCCCUAACAUGGUGAGCGGUGUUGUAAAGGAGCUCGUUGCUGACUAGCAUGAAAGCAGAAGCAACUGAAUCAAAAGCAAUAGCAAAAACAUUACAGCCUUAAUACAUACUUUUCUGAAGGACCAAGCAUUGCCUAUACUAGAGAUGGAAAGUUUUGCUGAGUUGGCUUAAGCUGAGCAGGUCAUUGCUGCUACUUUCCGUGUACUGAACUUUACACUUUUCAGUGAUGGAAAGCGUUUUCGAAUGUGGGAAGUCAUGUUUACCAUGUAGCAGUGGUUAGAAAGUUCUUUGUACUUGUGGAAUACAAGGUUGGUAAAGUGAUGUGGCUUUUUUUUAUUUGUAGAUGUUCUGCAUUUAAUUUUUGGUAAAGGAUGAAUUGUCUUUCACACCAAAAUAUGUUUAGUUUUGGUGUUUUAUUGACUCUUCUUUACAAGAAAGAAUUGGUGGGAGAAGUGAAACAGCCUAAAAAACCUACAAGUUUGUCAAGGGGGGAAAGACAAUGCAAGCCAGAGGUCUUAACGAGCAGUUUACACUAUGGUGACAUCAUAAACUUCAUUUAAAAAAAAUAUUUUUUUUUUUCUCCUAGCCUAUUCAGAAUUUGCAUUAAUUCCGCAGUAUGUGUUGGAUAAGGUUCUAACUUUUUCCAAAAGGUAAAAAAGCAUCCUGCCACUUCACCUCCUGAGAAAGGGUCUUUGCUGUUUCAUCAGAUAUAAAAGGAUAUCAGUCCUCAAGGAAGGUAUCCUGAUGAGGACUAGAAGUUAAGAUUGCUGACAGAAUGACUUUGCUGACGGAAGAGUCAUUUUAUUCUUUGAAAUCAGACAUUUAAAAAAAAAAAAAAAAAAAAAGGCAGUCGAUGUUGUUCACUUUACUGGAUAAACAAGACAUACAAUUCUAUUGAAACAAGAAUUAGAUAACACUUGGAAAGUCAUAGAGCAAGCUGAUAUAAGUAAAUGUCCUAGCCAACAAAUGAAUCACAACCCACAGCAGUCAAGAAUCUUUGAAUGCCAUUAAGACAUAUGGCAGUGUAGUUUCCUUUGCCAAACAUGGUAGUCUGCCUUGCAGAAUCAAUCAAUAGAAAAGGAGGAGUUCAGGGGAGUUUUAGAGGCUGUUUACGUGUUUCCUGUUACAUGGCUUUUCUGUGUAGUUUUCUUAGAGUCUCAGGAUUGAUUGGUUAAGUACCUGACGAAAGAAAAUCUCUGUGCUGUAGUACUAACACAUUUUAAAAUAAAGCUAUUAAAAUUGUGAAUUUAAAAAUAACUUCCUUAAAUGAUUUAAACUCAGCAUCCUCUGUUAAAUCCAUUUAUUUGCCUAAUUUUAUCUAGAUUCUGAAAAGGUACAGUUCUCAGCUCUCAGAAAUUAAAUUCUUCCUUACUCAUAGACGUAUCUACGCAAUCAUUACCUAAAAUGGAUGCAAGAGGAAGAAUCAAUACCUGUAAUGCUACUUGCUCUCUGUAAGUAGUUGUUUCAGAAAACUAAAUGCCAGUAUUGGAAUGAGAAAAUGAUCUUUUCCUCCCUCCCAUAGUAGAUAACAAGGGCAGAUUAUUUCUCUAGGGCCUUGCUCUGGAAGGGCUUUAAUCAGCUUAAUCUAGCCCAUAUCAGAGGUCACAUAAUAUAGUGCUAUUGAGAAAAACAGUUGCAUUUAAUUUAGCUUCCAUCAUGAUUUUCAUUCACCUUGAAAAAAGAAAAAAUGACAAGGAUUUUGAAUCAAGUAAUAACAUCAAUGUAAUGCAGAGAAGCCCAUUGCUUUACUGUUAAUGUCUGGGGAAAAAAAAAAAAAAAAAAAAAAAAAAAAGAUAAAAGCAAAUAAGAGUUA